AUGCACGCCUCCCUUCUUCAGCAACGCGUCAAGGCGACCCCGCUGUCUGUUGCGAUGCCAGCCUCCGUUCACGAGGAGUUCCCCGCGGGACCAUUGACCCCUCCUGACAUGCCAGAGGGUUCUCCAAACGGAUCUACCAAAGAUGCUACCUCUUCUCUCCUGACAGCGAUCCAUGUGCUUUCGACGGAGCGUGCGGCGUUGGCUCAUCUCGAGCGCCUCUAUCAGACGGACGGCCUUGCGCAGGAGAACCUAGUGCGCGCGGUGGACAAGAUCGUAUGGACUAUACAGAAUGGAGGGAAGCUGGUGUUUUGUGGCGUCGGGAAGAGUGGAAAGAUUGCGAGGAAGAUUGAGGCGACGAUGAAUAGCUUGGGCAUUUUUAGUAUGUUCUUGCAUCCGACGGAGGCGCUGCAUGGGGAUCUGGGGGUCAUUCGUGAGAAUGAUACCCUGCUCUUGAUUUCGUUCUCUGGUCGCACCCAGGAACUCCUUCUGUUCCUCCCUCAUAUUCCUCCAACGGUCCCCAUUAUCGCAAUCACUUCGCAUACGCACCCGUCGACCUGUCCGCUCGUCUCGUUCCAAUCUCCGGACAUGGCCAUUUCCCUCCCUGCUCCGAUCCAUGAAGACGAAGAGUCAUCCUUUGGUCUCAGUGCCCCGACCUCGUCGACAACGGUGGCCCUAGCGCUGGGUGAUGCCCUAGCACUGGCAACGGCGCAGCGACUGCAUAAUACCCCGGAACGCGGCCCUGCAGAAGUUUUCAAGAGUUUCCAUCCUGGCGGUGCUAUUGGAGCGGCCACUGCUGCUGCUGCGACUGCAGCAACGACUCCUAUGAGCAUGUUGUCCACGUCUCCGUUGGCGUCCACGUCGUCGGAUUAUUUGCAGUCUCGCCCGUCAGAUGAUGAAUCGCAGACGCAGCAAAAGCAAGACCUUAUUUCAAGUCGUUUCGUUCCUCUUGAUGAGAUACCCAAUGUCUCUGGCCACGAGAUCCGCCUCCUCGACAUCCUUUUAGCCGCCGUCCAACACCCGGAUGCCAAAUCCUGGGUCUCUAUCGCACACUCCACAUCCUCCACUACCUCCUCGACCUCUCUCGUCACUCCCCGCCACCUCCGCUCUCUCACAACCGGUUACAACGUGGACAUGGUUCUUUCCGAAAUCUCCGCCUCCGGCGUCUCCGUCUCCGUCCCGCAGGAACAGUUCCUCUGCGUGCCUGCUUCGAGCACCCUGGACGAAGUGCGGAGGCUCGUCAGCGAGAGCUAUCGGGCUUCAGUAAUCGCUGGAGUCGACGAGGCAAACCCAGAAGUGAUUCUGGGCGUCAUGGAGGUGGAGGAGCUGUGGAGUGACUGA